UAUAUCUCCACUCCCUUAUAUAAUCACAGACGCACAGGGACACUGCAUUGGCAGUAGCUCAGUGUUGUGUAGCAGUAGCCCACCGCUGGUAGCUAGCGAAGCCAGCCAGCCAUUCAGCGAGUACUCUUGGGAGAGCUAGCUAGGAGCGAUCUAUUCUAGCCACAGGGAGGAAGAAGAUAGACAUAUCGAAAUGGAGCACAUCGCGAGGUUCUUCUUUGGAGUCUCCGGCAACGUCAUCGCCCUCUUCCUCUUCCUGUCGCCUGUCGUCACCUUCUGGAGGAUCAUCAGGAAGAGAUCAACGGAGGACUUCUCCGGCGUGCCUUACAACAUGACACUUCUCAACUGCCUUCUAUCUGCCUGGUACGGGUUGCCGUUCGUGUCACCGAACAACAUCCUGGUGACGACGAUCAACGGGACGGGGUCGGUGAUCGAGGCCAUCUACGUGGUGAUCUUCCUCAUCUUCGCGGAGAGGAAGACCAGGCUGAAGAUGAUGGGGCUCCUGGGCAUCGUCACCUCCAUCUUCACCAUGGUGGUGCUCGUGUCGCUGCUGGCGCUGCACGGCCAGGGCCGCAAGCUCUUCUGCGGCCUCGCCGCCACCAUCUUCUCCAUCUGCAUGUACGCCUCGCCGCUCUCCAUCAUGAGGCUGGUGGUGAAGACCAAGAGCGUGGAGUUCAUGCCGUUCCUGCUCUCCCUGUCCGUGUUCCUGUGCGGCACCUCCUGGUUCAUCUACGGCCUGCUCGGACGCGACCCGUUCAUCGCGAUCCCCAACGGAUGCGGGAGCUUCCUGGGCCUGAUGCAGCUGAUCCUCUACGCCAUCUACCGGAACCACAAGGGCGCGCCGGCGGCCGGCAAGGCAGGAGCCGCCGCCGGCGCCGAUGACGAGGUGGAGGACGCGAAGAAGGCGGCCGCCGCGGUGGAGAUGGCCGACGCCAAGACCAACAAGGUCGCCGACACCGUCGCCGACGCCGCCGCCGACGACGACGGCAAGCCGGCGGAGGAGGACAAGGUCGCCAGCCAGGUGUGACGACGCACGCGGCGGCACGGCGGCAUGGGAGGGAGCAUGCGGCGUAAGCACUGCUGCUGCUGCCGAACUGAUUAUUAGUGGUUAAGCAGAUUAUUGUUGGUUUCGUAUUUAUUUCUUGCUGAUCUCUGUCUCUCCUGGCCUGGGACACAUAUAUGCUCGAGAUGUCCCUAUGAUCUGGGAGGGCACGAAUGCACGAUACUGUAUUUCCUAUGUUGCAAGCGUGAAGCAUUUUGUUUCCGAUUC